AUGUAUCACGUUGAAGAUGAAAACCUUAUGGAUCUUGAUGGUGAUAGUGAUGAUGAAACUUCAUCUCAUGAUGAUAUCGAUGGCUUGUUAUUUGAGACAUUUAAAGAUGUAGCCGAAGGAGUUGGAGUACAUGAAGGGCUAAAUGAAGAUGCAAAAUUUUUUUAUAAACUUGAUGAUGCAAAUCAAAAGUUAUAUCCUGGCUGUGAAAAGUUUUCCUCGUUAUCAUUCACUUUUCGAAUUUAUUUGUUGAAAUGUCUCCAUGGAUGGAGCAAUGCAUCAUUCACCGCUCUCUUAGAGUUGUUGAAAGAGGCUAUGCCAGAUUUGAACAUCCCUGUCUCUUUCAAUAAAACAAAAUCUAUGAUAAAAGAUUUGGGCUUACACUAUAAAAAGAUUGAUGCAUGUCCCAACAACUGCAUGUUGUUUUGGAAAGAUCAUGGGAAAGAUGAUUCGUGUCAUAUUUGUGGAGCAUCAAGGUGGAUUGAAUAUCUUGAAGUUGCUAAUGAUCUUGAAGAACCAAUAAAAGCUCACAAGGUUCCCGUUAAAGUUCUAGGACAUUUUCCUUUAAUUCCAAGAUUGAAAAGACUUUUUAUGUGCUCAAAGACAGCCGACACAUUGAGGUGGAAUGCAGACCAUCGUUCAAGGGAUGGGAAGAUAAGGCAUUCGGCUGAUGCCCAAGCAUGGAAAGACUUUGAUGCAAAACAUUUAGAUUUCGCUCGUGAAACUCGUAACAUAAGACUUGGGUUGGCAAGUGAUGGGUUUAAUCCAUUUAGGACUAUGAUUCUUUCACAUAGCACAUGGUCUGUUGUAUUAACAAUAUAUAACUAUCCGCCAAAUUUAUGCAUGAAGGCUGAAAAUUGUUUGAUGUCGUUACUUAUUCUUGGACCGAAGUCACCCGGAAAUGAAAUUGAUGUGUUUUUGCAUCCACUUAUUGAGGAGCUUAAGAUAUUGUGGGAUGUCGAUGUAGAAACAUAUGAUAUUUCAAAAAAUAAAUCAUUUCAAAUGUGUGCAUCUCUUAUGUGGAUUGUGAAUGACUUCCCUGCAUAUGCUAUGUUAUCCGGUUGGAGUACUAAAGGAAAGUUUGCUUGCCCUGCUUGUAAUCAUAAAACUUCUUCAAGAUACUUAAAACAUAGUCGAAAGAUGUGUUAUAUGGGUCAUCGAGUCUUUUUACAUUCAAAUCAUAGUUGGAGAUCAAAUUCAAGUUCUUUUGAUGGAAAGCCAGAAUAUAGGUCUGCACCCUCCUUGUUAGAUUCAACAAUGAUUUUAAAAGACUUAGAAAAGAUCCCUGACGUAGUGGGGCAGAAAUAUCAGAAAAAAAGGCCUGGUCCAUGGAAGGAAAAAUCUAUCUUUUGGAAAUUACCAUAUUGGAAGGAUAAUUCUUUGCGCCAUAAUGGAGAUGUUAUGCAUGUAGAAAAGAACAUUUGUGAUAAUAUAAUAGGGACUCUCUUAGAGAUUAAAUGGAAGAAAAAGGAUCAUGCAAAAGCUCAUUUGGAUCUACAACACAUGGGGAUUCGAAAAAAACUCUAUUUGAAGGCAACGAGUGAUGGUAAGAAAACUCAAAUCCCGAAGGCAUGUUUCUCCCUAACAAAGCAAGAGAAAUCUAUUUUUUGUAAUGUUUUAAAGACAUUAAAACUUCCUGAUGGCCUUGCAUCUAAUAUUUCUCGAUAUGUUCAAGUUAAUGACGGAAAAAAUUCAGAAUACAAGAGUCAUGAUGCUCAUAUUAUAUUGCAUUACUUGUCACAAGUAGCAAUAAGAGGGAUAGCCCCUAAUCAAGUUGUUAUUCCUUUGCUCAGGCUUUGUUCAUUUUUUUGGUGUUUAUUCCAGAAGGUUAUAGAUGUGAAAACUUUGGAUUACUUGGAAGUAGAAAUUGCUAAAACACUUUGCCAAUUUGAGCGUAUCUUCCCUCCAAGUUUCUUUGACAUAAUGUCCGAUUGGGCGGACCGGUUCAGUUUCGAUGGAUGUAUUAUAUGGAAAGAUAUUUGGGUGAUUUAA